CUUCGAUUCACCUGUGACGACCCACUCAAAGCUAGGCCACUUUGGCUAAGCCUGCGCUGCCGUUAUGGCACCUGAACGACACUCGGGUAGCAGCAAACGAGAACUUUAGCUCGUGGCAUCCCUCUACGAUAUCGCAUGGUCAAAUGCGGCACAUCAAUGGCUCUAGAAUCAAAUGGUAGCAACGUGGUGUGGUUGAGCACAACCCGUCCUGAUCAAAUACAGCAGCACGUUGUUAAAGACGAAAUAAUACAGAUUGAACCUAACGAAGGACGACAUCUUCAGCAUCAGCAGCAACAGCAGCACAGAUACCAUAGGAAUCUAAUAAAGGUUCCUAAUCAGCCGAGCCAACAGAUUGUGCCGCCCGUCAAGUGUUCCAUGUUUACUCAGACAGAACAGUCUGAACAGAGCAAUUCGAGUUACGCCGAUCAACGACAGCAACAAGCUACGAUGUUCGACCCACAGCAGAUACAGCAGCAGCAGGCUGCACAGGGUCAACAGUCGCAGCAGCAGCAAUCACAACAGAUGUACGUUACGGAGAAAAAGGAGGACAAGACCCAGCAGCAGUCUACAGCGACCGACUUCCCCUUCUACUACAAUGUCAACAUGCUCCAGAAAGUUCAGACAAACGCGGUGAGCACAAUCGGUGCAAUCACUACCGACGACAAGGGUUGCUAUCGUUUCGACGUGCAACCUGUCGGUUAUAACACAUUACUGAACCAGAUGAGCAUAGCGGCUGCGACCAAUGCGACCUUCAAGUGCGACAUUUGUGGCCUGGUCUUUGGCCACAUAAGCCUGUUGAAUCACCACAAAAGGAUUCACAAUACAACGCCCAGCAACCUGCAGCAGCAGCCCCAGCAAGUUGUUCCGACACCUACCACAGUCACCGUUACGGCCACGCCGGAGAGGCCGUACACGUGCGACGUAUGCGGGGCGUGCUUUGCGUUGCCGGGCGAAUUGAAGAGUCACAAAACGAAUAUGCAUCAAAAGCCUAAGGUUCAGCUCUGCGAAGACUGCGGUAGCGAAGAUGCCUGUGAGCAUCAUCCCACCAAAGUCAAAAAGACGAUCAAACCCGGACAUCAUCCCGUUAAACGAAGGGGAGUCACCAGUGUCACCAAGUGUCACAAGUGUAACGGAACAGGCAUCAUUUUCAUUGGUAAUCACGACGAUAACAUAGAUUCCGGAAUCAGUUCCCUUGCGAAGUGCGGCACCUGCAAGGCGACAGGCCGCAUCAUCAUAGGAAGCGGCAAGCAAAACAGUCUGAACCAGCCCGAGAAGCCGUUCCAUUGUAACGUUUGCGACGGCACGUUUUCCCGGUACUCGUCGCUCUGGUCCCACAAGAGACUUCACUCUGGAGAUAAGCCGUUCAAGUGCGAAGUCUGUGGUCUGGCCUUUGCGAAGGCGGCGUAUUUGAAGAACCACGGGCGUGUUCACACUGGCGAAAAACCAUUUAAGUGUAAUGUAUGCGGCAUGCAAUUCUCGCAGAGUCCUCAUUUGAAAAAUCACGAGAGGAUCCAUUCGGGAGAGCGUCCCUACCAGUGUGAGGUGUGCGAGAAGACGUUUGCGAGGCACUCCACACUUUGGAAUCACAGAAGGAUUCACACGGGCGAGAAGCCUUAUCGGUGUAAUAUUUGUGGAUCCGCCUUUAAUCAGGCGACGCACCUAAAGAAUCACGCGAAGGUUCAUACCGGGGAAAAGCCUCACAGAUGUGAUAUCUGUGAAAUUGGUUUCUCGGAUCGUUUUGCUUUAAAGCGUCAUCGCGCUAUUCAUGAAAAGUAUGGACAGACAGCGCGAAAUCAGAAUGCGAAUAGUACGACUAAUGCACAACAGGCGAACGCCAGCAACCAGCAGCAAGCCCAACAGGUACAGCAAGCUCAGCAGGCUCAGCAAGCUCAACAGGCUCAGCAAGCUCAACAGGUACAGCAACAAGCGCAGCAGCAACAACAGCAGCAGCAACAACAACAACAACCCCAGCAAGCGCAGCAGCCCCAACAAGUGGUAGUUGUGAAUACUGCUACGCCUGUGACUGUGAGUCAGAGUCAAGGUCAAGCAGUGAUGCUCGAAGAGGUCUACAAAUGUCAGGUGGCAUUCCCGGAGCCUAAAUGAUUCGGUUAAGACCAGCGACGAUGCCAGGGACCUGCUGAAUUUAAAAGAAAGAAAGCUUUUCGGUCCAUUUAUAUCUUCAAUAAUUGAGCCUCCCUUGGAUAAUGAGCUUGGACUUUCACGAGGGAGUUGGCUGUCAAGUUCGUGGCAUGUCGAGUGAUGCAUUCGUGUGACUUCGUGUCUGUAUUAAUUGUCACCCGGACGGCGUCGCCAGUGCCGUUGAACGAACAGUAAAAGGUAUGCGGUUUUUGUGAGACUUUCUUUUCAUAAAGCAAUUCGCUCCAGUUGGUUUCGAAGAAACGGCGAUCCGAAGAUUUUAACGCAAAUGAAACAUCCAUUUGCUAUGAUAAUAGUUAUAACAAUAAGAAUAAUUAUAUCCAAGACAAACUUCCCAUACGGACGGUUACAAGUGAAGACUAUUUUUGUGAGGAAUCCUAGAAAUUAUGAAGAUCGGUUUCAUUCACACGCUUUUUCCCUUCUUUCUUUUAUAUGUACUUCACGCAACUCAGUCCCCUCUUUCUUCCUUCCGCCCACAGCCACUCAUACUGUGUUGUCUUACUUCUUCGCUCCAUGAUAAAAAGAGCCGUGUAUAUUUUUUCACAAUUGAUCCACUCUCUCAUAUACAUAUGCAUAUACCCUCAACGUCUAAGGUGCAAUAUUCUUUAUUGAAAACUGCAGUUUAGAAAAAAAAAGUUAGUAAAGACGGUGUUAAGUGGUAAUGAUAGUAAUGAUCAUCAUGUAUGGCAGUUUGAUUUUCCAUGAGAGAGGUAUGGUGGAGACAGUGGUAAUAGUAAAAAAUCAUGUUUGUUUCAUAAAUUUCAUUUCAUUGGAAUUCGUUUCACUCUACACGGAAGAUAGACGAAACGUCGAGUAAUGUUAUGAGACUAAACUUGACGCGUCUCAUCAGUUCGUUAAUGGUGAUAGUUGAUUAAUUGAAAGGAUGCUAUAAGACUUGCUAAGUCUUCCGUCCGUCAUAUUCGUAACAGGGUUGACGACGACAUUAGGAAGACAUUGAUGGCGGAAGAAUGAUCGUCGUUCAAACAUUUGAGAAAUGCAGAAACCUUUGAGCGAAGGGCUAGAAAAAAGUUUAUCGAAACUUGCGCCAAGGAUAAUAAUUAUCGACAGGCGGACUAAUCUGUUUUAUAAUAUUAUUAAGACCGAGCGCUAUAUGAAUAUCAGUUACUAUAUAAUUUCCUAGUUUGUAAUAGAAAAUAGCUGGCUAGAUUAUAUGUACGUGUAUACAUUAAUUUUUGAUAUCCCCAAUUAUUAGACGCAAACGACGCGUUGCGAUGUGGCUGACUCCAAUUUUUCAAAGAGACACAAAGUCCACUCGAUGCGGAUCGAAUAGUAUAGUGAUUAACGAGUUCGCAGCUCCGUCACGAAGAACAUCCAAUACAAAGGAGAGAUAAAUGAUAAAAACAAAAAGAAAAAGAGUGAAUGGAAGCAAUAGCAAGUAAAAUUCAUAGCAGAUUUAUCUCAGGAUAAAAUGUUCGUUCCUCGCGGGUCAUAGGUUGUCAAUGACUCUUGCACAUUUCUCUUGCGGCAAUUAAUUUUCUUCUUCUCUUUUUUUAACGUGUUAAUUGCUUUUUCUUAAAUCAAGUCUGCCUGGUUUCUAGUGAUUAUAUCAAUUGGACUUGCUAGAUUCCAAGCAGGAAGGAAUAUCUGUUAGUACGUUCCUCUAGAUAUCUUCUAUUCUGUAAAUCGAUCAUCGAUUAUUUUGACUUUUCAUCAUUCUUCUGUUUCUUAUAUAAUAGGACGUAUACAUUUUUGAAAGUAUCGCGCAGCUAAAAAUUUUAAUAAUGAAAAUUAUUAAUUUGUUAACUAAACGCAAGGGAAUGAUAUGCGUACCAUUCGUAUAUGUCAACUUAUUGCACUUUUUUACUACCUUUUUUUUUUUUGUUCCGUUAUUCGAAAGACACAUUAGUUUUCUUUCCAGUUUCUUCUUCUUCUUGUUUCAUAUGGCUUUAUGCCCUCGUAGAGGGCCAUGUGCCACUUUUUUCCAGUUUAAUGAAGAUCGAAGCUGACUCUCAAUAAAAUGCAUAAUGAUCGUAAAUGAUUUACAGUAAUAGUGCAAUUUGUCAUUGAUAAAAAUUUUUCGACUUUGCGUUGUAGACGGUCCCUUCCAAAUUCUCUUUCUCCUUUUUUUUUUUUUCUCUUGGAAAAAAUACGAUAGGGGAUACCUUCUGUUUCAUCGAUAUAACAUGUAAAAUAAAUAUAUACGAUUACGUUUAAUUUUACUUUUACGUGGUCAUAAUACCUGCUACAGUAUUUCGGAAUUAGAUUAGAUAUUUUCUGUCAGUGUUCUUUUUACUUUUGAUGUCCUUUGAAAAAAAGGACAAAGUUUUAUUCUUCUUGCUUCGAUCAGCACGCGAUGCAGCAGAGGGGAUACUCGGAGUCUUAAGUGGUGCAAGUCCAUCUGAACAUAUAUAUUGGCGUAGAAUUGUAUACUUCAUGCGUUUGAGGUAAAUUUAUUGUGUCAGUUUUAUUUGGUGUUCGGUAGUGCAGAUGGGGUGAUAUACGGGUGUUUUACAGAAAUAAGAUAUUUCGUUACAUCUUAAAAAUCGGAUACGAGUGUUUGGAAUUGGACCACUUAAGACCAGCAUUUCCGGUAUCGAAAAUCUUAUCAGACACUUAUCGCGGUAGGUCAGGGUGUCUGUAAAAUUAUUUUAUCAUAACUUUAGUUCUCACUUAACGGCACUUUAUGAAGUAACAAAUGCUUGUAUAUAAUAGUAAUUGCGAAAUACGCUCGGUACCGAAAUACGAAGGGAUCCAAUUCGUACUUCAUUUCUUAUAUUAUUGAAACUUGCUGAGGGAGUGGUAAAUAUUUUAUUCUGGUUUUGUAGGUUCUCCUUUUUACACAUACUCCAUUAUUAUAUAUUCCUUCGAAUUCCUUCGGUCUAGUAAUGGUUAGAGGAAUAGUUUUUCAUUUGCUUCGUUCCAUAACAUUGCGAAUGAUAAAUUUAUUCUAAUUGUAAAAUUGCUAAGAAAUUGGAAGCCUUCGGUUUUCAUGUACUGGCCAGCUUUUAUAGAAUUUAUUUACGUUAAGGCUCUCAACAUAAAAAAAGGUAUGAAUGUACAUGACCGAGAGAGUGAUUGCAAGAAUGAGUAUAUAUAUAUAUAUAUAUAUAUAUAUAUAUAUACACACACACACACACACACACAUAAGAAUGAGUAUAUAUAUGAACUACUAGGUAACUAAUUAAUUGUAAGUCAUUCGCAUGGAGAUGAGGAGCUACUGAAGGGGGCAUAGGAUGUAAUAAUUGUUUAUUAAAAAGAAUGGUAGGUUUCUUUGAAUUUGACAAAAAAUUCUGUUUAAACCUUGUCUAAAAUGAGCACGCGGUUAACGUCAAUUAUUUUGUAUAUCAGUCAAAGAAUGUGAUACCGGUGGUCAUUGACUUUCGCUUUGCAACACAAUAUUUCUACUAUUUCAUAUUCACUAUUGUGUUAUGCUUCACUAUAAGGCUGAAUAAUGCAAAAUUGUUACUGCCAAUGAUAAACAAGAAAUUAAAUUCUUCAUAAGUGGUAAACCGGAAUUCAGUAUCACAACGUAUACUGACUUCACUGACCAUACAUAAUCAUUAUCAUCUAUUAUACGUAAUUAAAGUAUUUGUCUUUAAUAUUUUUACUACUUGAUCCUCCAUGUGCAACUUGAAACGUGCUUGGUGAUCCGUAUGGCUAAUUGUCUGAAGCUUUUCUUUUUAAUUUUCUGAAAGAAAUUCACGAAAGCAAUAGAAUGUUUAAAUUUACUUAUACAAAACAAUAGUCGCUUGCGAUUCGUCAUUUUUCUAUAAUUGUGUCAUUUGUAUGAAACUUAUUGUAUUCUACACAUCACUGCCUAUAACGUUCAAGCGAAAUGACGAAUUCAGCAAAGAAUAAUCAAGCAAUAUCAUUCAACGAUAAAUAUCCAUUAACCUUUAGAGGACUGGUAGCUUUUUUUAAUUUCUACAGUUUUUGACUUUGGUGUUUAAUACGCAUGUUAAAGCGAUACUGUAGAGGAAAAAAAAUGCGAGAUCGAUGUAGAGCCGAAAAAUUGGCCUAGUGUCUUCUACAGGUUAAAUGAUACACUUCAUAUCACUAUAAAUCAUUUUCGAUACGCCUCGUUGCUACCUUCCAACGAUUACUCCCACGAGGUUCUUCGAAAAUGAAAAUACAUUCCCUAUGCCACCUACAGUUAGCAUCUACUUCUCAGAGGAUACAAAAUAAAUAUUAUAUAAAAAAAUGAAAAAACUCAGAGCUUCCAUUUCAAUCAAAAUGCUAUAGGAAGUGUCUUCCUAUGUCUCGCGCAAUCGUCUCCUGACCUACCCGAAAUUCAAGGCUCUUUGCAAUCACACGAAUUAUGUAAUUUAUUUUAUCAACAAUUAAUUUGUCUUAUACUAGACAAGAUACGCAAGCGUUUAAUUAUCUACUGAAUGAUGUUAAAUGGAUUUUUCUCUUUCAUUCUUUGCUAAUUCAAUCUUCUGACGAUCCUAUAAUUAUUGUAUCUCCACUUUGCAAGGCCAUAGCUUCGUUAUUCUUGAUUACGGAAUUGACUUGCUAAAGGAUCUUUUCUAUAAUGCGAAUAUACGUACAUUUGAUGUGUGAUACGAUUACUUUCUUCUUCGUUCGGAAAACAUAUGGCAGCUCAUCAAUGUUUUUUUUUUUUCUUGGUACGCAGAUUCGAUAAAAAUUGGCAUUACAGAUACUAGGCUUGUAUCGAUGAAAUUUUUAAUUGCUAAUGGCAAUGUAUACAGGCUGUGCCGAGUGUACUAUGAGUAUACUGGCUGCGGCGUAUAGUGUAAUAUAACGUGAACGCUAAUGAAAAUUCCAAAAGUUUGUACUAUACUUAUUAUAAUAAAUGACCACAUCUCAUAUGACAGCGGAUGGUAAGAGACUGUUGUAUAAAUUUAAUGAUUACUUUAUACAAACUUGAUCUUGAAAUUACAGAUAUAAGGAAAAGCUAUGAGAGAAACGCGACUUUGCACAUCCUGUAUAUUUUGUAUUGAUAGGAACAAGUCUGUGUUUUUUUCUUGGUGUCAUACAGGAUAUUCAGUUGUGGAUUAUUAUCCUCUUAUGUCAGAUAACACAAUCAUACGUGUUUCAUGCAUUAUAUGUAAAAUCGUUGUACAGAGCGAUGAAGAAGUACCUAUGUGACAAGCCUUAGUUCUACUUACGAUAAAUUUCCGCUGAGAUCUUUUACAAAACAAAAUGAAGGAAAUUUAGAAGUUUCGUAACGAUGAUCAUGAUUAUAUUCCCUAUCGCGAAAACUUGGGUUAUCAAGUUUUUUCUCUACUGAGAUUUUAAUCCGUAAUUACAUGAUAAAUCGCAUAUUCACUGGACAGAUCACGAUGGCUCGUGAAUGGAACUAAUGUCGCUAAAGUAGUGAGAUAAAUAAAAAAAAAGAAAGCCUCAAAAGGAAUAAUCCCUCGGGUGGACUAAUUUUGCGUGCGUGCAGACAGAACGUCGUAUAGAUUUUUGUAUGAGAGAAAAGUCGCAAAUUAUAUGUUACACUAGGACUACCUGCAGUCUAUAUAAUAAUUAGAAAUAAAACUCUGAAUGUAUGUGUAUAAUAAUUGAUUAUUGCCUAGAUAAGGGUGCGUCGUACGAGUUUAAAAUCUACUAGCCCACUAUUAUAUCAGAUACUGGGUAAUAAUAAAGAUGUCCCCGUGACAUUUUCAUUUUUAAA